CCUCUGACAGCUGACAGAACGGGUUGAGGCUGCUACCGAUCACUUCGUUCGGAGUUCUGGGCCAUUGACCGGCCCGACCUCACCGUCCCACACCCAUCCAGCGGCGCCACUUCCUGCAUGAGUCCGUCACGGUUCUGGCUUGACCAUGCCGAGACUGUCCGGAACGACCCUCUACCUUUGUCUACUACUGGUGCUGGUGGAGUCGACUGGUUUUGGUGCGAAAGCGCAGAACACCGGCGCGAGCGCGUUUGAUGAGGAUGAUUUCUCUAUUCAGCACUCGAGGACAAGCACAUGUUUGAGUGCACAGACACCUGCAGUCCUUCAUCUCACCACCUGUGACCCCAAAGACUCCUCCCAGCGAUGGAAGUGGAGCUCAGCUCAUCGGCUCUUCCACGUGGACACGUCACUCUGUUUGGCUAUGGAUCUCCCUUCCAAGAAGGUGUCCAUAACUGACUGUGGCUCCACCGACCCGACGUGGUGGCAUUGUGCUGACGGAGCUCUUUUCACUGCUUACCAAAUGGGUCUGUCAGUCAGCGAAGGCAAUUUAGUGGCCAAACGAAACUCUAAUGACACUUGGGUAAUAGGAGGAUCCCAGAGCAACAUCUGCACUAAGUCGUAUCGUGUUGUCCACACCACAGAUGGAAACUCAGCUGGCCUCCCCUGCGAGUUCCCCUUCAAGUACAACGGCAGCUGGCAUCACCAAUGCCUGCCUGACCCAGACUUACCUGGAUGGUCUUGGUGCGCUACCACCGUCGAUUUUGAUCAAGAUCAGAAGAAGGGGCAGUGUCUGAUUCCUGAGGAGGACUGCCACACCCUGUUUGAAGGGCCAGUGGGAGACUCUUGCUACGAGUUUGUUGCCACCGCUGCUGUGACCUGGCAUGCCGCCUUGGACUCGUGUCGGAGUCAGGGUGCCGAUCUGCUCAGUCUGUCCGACAUCGACAAUCUCACCAUGUUUAGCGGCUUCCGUAUGAUGCCAAUAAAGAUGUGGAUCGGCCUUCACCAGCUGGACACUUCUCAGGGCUGGCAGUGGUCGGACGGGUCCCCGCUCUCCUUCCUACGCUGGGAGAAAGAUAUGCCACCCACCUCAUUGUUAAUCGAGGCGGACUGCGGAGUCCUGAACUCUCAACAGAACUAUGAAGCGGAGUCGUGCAACAAACGGCUGCCCUACAUCUGCAAGAAGAGGCUGAAUCAUACAGACACAGCGUCUCUUAUCUAUAAUAACACGGCGUGUGAAGACGGCUGGGUGCCGUGGAGUGGCUUCUGUUACAAGUUGGUAAAAGACGUGCCAAAGAACUUCACAGAUGCCAGCAACCACUGCAGCGUCUCUGAAGGGGGAGCACUUUUGGCUAGUUUCCACUCCAUUGACAGCAAAGAGUUGAUCAGCACCAACUUCCAUUCAGAUAGCAGCAUUUUGGAAGUGUGGAUCGGUCUGAGCGGUGUCGGCUUGAACCCCACUACCUUCAAAUGGACGGACCAGAAACCUUUGACCUUUACCUAUUGGGACCAGAAACAGCCCAUGCAGCCCUCUCAGAGUUCCUCCUGUGUCUUCUACUCCGGAAAGUCUCACCGUUGGCGGGUUGGUGACUGCACACAGAAGAAACCCUUCAUGUGUCAAAAGGAAGGAAAGCUCAAGGAGUCACCAGCGGUGGUCGGAUGCAGCUUUAAAGAUGGGUGGAGGAGACAUGGCAACUCCUGCUAUAAAGUAAACACAGAACAAGUUCCUUUUAAAGAUCACUGUAACAUCACUAUAAGAAACAGGUUCGAACAGGCCUUUAUCAACCGGUUACUUGGUGAGCACAUCAAAGCAGAGCCUCAGUAUUUCUGGAUCGCGCUGCAGGACAUCAAGAACACAGGAGAGUACCAGUGGAUAAGUCCAGACGGGUCACCAGGUGUAGUGACCUACACCAACUGGGGCUGGGCUAACCCAGCACAGGAUGGAGGCUGUGUUGUGAUAACCACCAGAAAACCCUUGGGCAGCUGGGAAGUGAAGAACUGCACACUUUUUAAAGCUGGAACCAUUUGUAAGAAAGACCUCAGCCCGCCUCCAAGUCCAGAACCAGAGCCAAACCCGAAUGCAACGUGUUCUGACGGAUGGGUGUCCAGACAAGGCAUCAAAUAUUGCUACAAGGUUUUUCAUGAGGAAAGAGUCAGCCGGAAGCGUUCCUGGGAGGAAGCCAGGAGGUUCUGUCAGGCUCUGGGAGCCGAUCUGCCAAGUUUCACCAAUGUUACAGAGAUGUUGGCUCUGCACAGCAUCAUGAGAGAAACUAUCAGUAAUAAUCGGUUCUUCUGGGUUGGCCUGAACAGGAGAAAUCCUGAUGGUUUCUCCUGGCAGUGGAGUGACGGUCGACCUGUUUCCAUGGAUGUUUUACAUCAAGAUUUUCUUGAGGAUGAUGAGUACAGUCGGGAUUGCACAGCUUUCAAGACUGCUAGGAGUAGCUUGACUCACCUGCUGAUGUACGUGCUUCAUGACAUCGUGGUCACACCUUUCUAUGCCAGACCUUUUCACUGCGACGCUCAGCUGGAGUGGGUCUGCCAAAUACCCCGCGGAAUCGACCCCAAAAAACCUGAGUGGUACAAUCCAGAUGGCCACCAUGAGACGUCCAUCUUCGUCGAUGGGUCAGAGUUUUGGUUUGUGAAAGAACCAAAGUUGGCUUUUCAGGAAGCAAUGCUCUAUUGCAAUCAAAAUGGCAGUAAGCUGGCGGUUCUGCUGAGUUCAACUGCGGCUUCAAAGGUUCAGUGGGAGCUUCAGCAGUUGGCGGACAGCAAACAAAACUGGUGGAUCGACAUGAGGCAGAGUGCUCGAGGCUUCGCUUCGUCCUACACCCAAAGGUCCUCCGAUCACUUCUCCUUAUUGGGUCGAUGCACCGCCCUCAGUCCGGAUAAUACCCUAUCACAGUUGAGCUGCCUGCAGCAAUUUCCCUUUGUGUGUGAACGACACAACAUCACAUCAGUGGAGAGAAACCCCCUGAUCCCUCAGCCUGGAGGAACGUCCUGUAAAGCCAACGCGCUGCCCUUCAGAAAUAAGUGCUACACACUGAUGGUGAAACCUGAUGAGCCAAAACCGUUUAAAGCUGCCAAUGACGAUUGCCAGUCUGUAGGGGGAACGCUGGUCACAAUAGCAGAUCAGGUGGAACAAGACUUCAUCAGCACCCUCCUGCCAAAGAUGAAGAAUAUGGGCAAAAUAUGGAUCGGCCUGAAAAUCCGUCCAGGUGAGAGCUCGUGGGUUGACCAAUCGCCAAUUACCUACUUGAAUUUCAACCCCUUGCUUCUGGGCAUGCAGAGAGACAUAAACCCCAUAAAUCUGGAGAGUUUGGACAUGUGCGUGUUCCUGAUCAAUAACGGCAGCUCGGAAAUGCUGGGCACCUGGGAUUAUUCUUCCUGCAACCUGCCGCAGAGUCUGGGAAUCUGCCAACAUUAUGCCGAUAAAGUGGAGCCUGUUGUCUCUAAAGAGCUUUUCAAAGUGAACGGCCAGACCUUCCAGUUGAUUUUCCAGAAUCUCACCUGGUUCGAGGCUCUGCAUGAAUGCAAGCGUCUUGGAAUGAAUCUGUCGAGCGUGUCGGAUGUCUUGGUGCAGUCCUCCCUCAGUGUCUACGUGAGCCAGGCCCAAACUCCCAUGUGGAUCGGCCUUCACAGUAAAGACGGUGGACUGAACUUCGUGUGGGCGGACCACAGUCACACCGUGUACAGUCGCUGGUCUCCUGAGGCCAGCGAAGGCUUCUGCGUGUACUUGGACACUGACGGCUUCUGGAAAGCCACCGAGUGUUUGGAGGAACUCGGUGGGGCCAUCUGCUACAAACCAAACAGUCCCAACAUCCCUCCCAGGCAGACCUCUGUGAAGUGUCCUCAUACCAGGAAUGGACCCAACUGGAUCCCCUGGGGGAAGAACUGCUACACCUUUCAGCUGGUACCGUCAAGAUGGGACUCGUUUCAGAGUGACCAAAUCGGCGACACCUGCACCAAACUCCAUCCAGAUGCUGACAUCCUCACCAUUCGGAACGAAGAGGAGAACGAGUUCGUUCGGAGCACGCUCCAAAACUUCCAGUCCUUGGUUCAGUUCGUCUGGCUGGGAAUAUUCAAAGAUGACGUUGAUAACCAGACGCGGUGGUACGACGGCACCAUUGUCCAGUAUUCCAAGUGGGCAAGAGGCCGGCCAUACUUGGAUUCCUCCUUCAUGGCUGGUCUCACUACUGACGGCACCUGGAUCCUCAUCACAAGCGAAAAUAAUUAUGCAGAGUUCAAGCAGAAGACUAUUGUGAGCUGCAAGCUGGAUAAUGAAGUCAAACAGGAGUACAACCGAUCGGCUAAAGACUUCCAACACUACGGCAGCUUAACCUAUGAGGUUUUGACCAGAAGGCUAAAUUGGUACCAGGCUGUGCAAGAGUGUAGCCAGCAUGGCGGCCACCUGGCGAGCAUCCACGACUUCAAGCACAACUCUCAUAUUAAGCUACUCGCUAAAACGGAUGGCUUCAAGCUGUGGAUAGGCCUUUCGAAUGUCAGUAGCGGGGCCUACGGGUGGUCUGAUGGGACAAAGUUCGACUACUCUCACAACGGCUUUGGCGCGCAGGGGGGCUCCAGCUCGGGCCAGCUGGAGCCUAGCUGUGUCUUCAUCUCGCCGAACGGAACCUGGAUGAACACCAGCUGCAAUACUGUGAUGGACGGCGCCAUCUGCUACACCACCGCCGUCACCACCCCCACCCAAAGGGCCAAACUGAAAACCGCUCCAGAAAACAACCGCUGUCCUCAAAGCAAAGGAGAGUCCAGUUGGGUUCAGCAUCAGGACCACUGUUACGCAUUUGACAUGAUGUUUUACAACUACUCAGUCUACAACAUGGAGGAGGCCAAUGCCAUCUGUCAGAAAAUGGAGGCUCAGCUGCUGACCAUCAAAACCAAGGAAGAGAAUGACUUUUUGGCCAAGUACCUCAAUGACGACUUCCUCAUCACCACCCAGAUAUGGCUCAGCGUAAAACUGGAUUCCCAAGGUAAGCCGCUUUCCUGGCAGGAUGGCUCAGAUCUGGCUUACAGUAACUGGAAGUCGGAGGCGACUCUUUCCGGGAAGAGCGUGGAGCCCCCCUGUGCCAUCAUGAUGGCAGCAGAUGGCGGGGUCUGGAAUCUGGUCAGCUGCAAGUCUAGCAGGAGUCGGGUUGUGUGCAAAACUCAAGCGGAGUCUGCAGGCUCGCCUGUGGCACUGGGUCUCUUCAUCGUGGUCUUCAUCGCUCUGGUGCUUACCAUCGCCUAUAUCAUCAAGAAAAAACGACAUUAUUUCAUCCCCACUAUCCGCUACCAGAGGACCCUGGACCAGUCAGACGGCACCAGCAUAAUAACAGAUGCUGACUGAGCUUGCUCGGCUAAUCAGCCUCAGGGAAUAUCGAUAGGCCUGCCUCACGUGCGUUUUACUUUCACACAUCCAAACUUCCCUUGUUUGUUUUUUUCCUUCUUUUUCCUGCUGAACUUGGUUUUUAAACUGUAAAUAGUGAAUGUCAAUGGCUGGCAGUAUUUUCUCAUGUGAGAUUUGAGUUUUUUCUCUCUCUAGAAGGGCUCGAGGUGACUCCAUAAACGUUGCACUGAUGCAUGAGCUGACGUCAAACUGUCCGAAACGUAGCGUGCCGUUCACACUGUAUGAUGAUCAGAGGAAUUCACGGCGCUGGCCGUGCACAGCAAUCGAUUUGAAUCAGAGCUUCCGAUUGAAGUGUUUUGUCUCCAGCUGAUGACACUGGAAGAUGGCCACGAAGGAGGAACAUUCAACUUAGCUGCAGGUCAUCCAUCGACGCUUCAAAGGAAAAGCGAAGUUUGUCGAUUUCAGCAGCCAAUAAUAUCCCCCUGUCAUUUUUUCCUUCCUGUCCUUUGUUUGAAUUUUCCAAACCAAAGUUUACCAGCUGACAAGUUUUUUUGGCAAAUGAGACAAACAAUCAGAUUUGAGCUAAUUUAUACUUUUUACCUUUGGGUGAUAAAUGAGAUGAUUAUAGAAAAGGAAAGCGUUGACUUUUGCGGCCUUAUGAUCCAGCUUUAAUAGCAGGAAACAGUCUUACGCCCAAACUGUGUUCAUUCAUGAGCAUCUGUUCUACGCCCACGACUACUGAUCCAAGCAUGCACUUUAAAAUUGUGAGGGAGAACAGUUCCUGCAACAUGUUGAAGCACAAAGUGAAGUUUUUUUUUCCCGAUUGCACUGUUUGUAAAUAGGAGGUUUUAUAACUUAAGAGUGAACCAAAUAUGCUUGCUAUGUCAAGUGCCUGCAUUUUACUUUCAUGACUGCCAUAACAUGUUUUAAGCUAAUCACUCCUAUUUGUCUCUCAGCUUUAAUCAGGUACGCCAAACUUUCAAUAAAUAAAUCUUCUUUACACUG